UGCUUAAGAUCUUGUGUUUGUUCAGUGCAUCUAUGUAAGUGAUUUCAACAUGCCGCGACCGUCUAGGGAUUCGUAUGGUGACCAGAAACCUCCUUACUCGUAUAUAUCAUUAACUGCGAUGGCCAUUUGGAACUCUCCAGAGAAAAUGUUACCUUUGUCAGAAAUAUAUAAAUUUAUAACAGACAGAUUUCCCUAUUACAGAAAAAAUACACAAAGAUGGCAAAAUUCACUUAGACAUAAUCUGUCAUUCAAUGAUUGCUUUAUAAAGAUACCCAGACAGCCAGACAGACCAGGAAAAGGAGCUUAUUGGGCCUUACAUCCAGCAGCAUUUGAUAUGUUCGUUAAUGGCAGUCUAUUACGGCGAAGGAAACGAUUCAAAUUGCUCAAAAGUGACAAAGAAAUAUUAGAAAAUGAAUUAGCAGCUUUAACAAACAUAAAUAGAAUAUUUUUCUCACCGCCAAAUUCUCUAAUGGAUAUGAAUCCAUCAGUAGUAAAUACGCCUGUCCUAUCAACGCAUGGAGAACCUUCCUCCCCAAUACUAACUAAGCCUCCUGAAUCAUCAGUCACUUGUAUAAGACCCAAAAGGUCCUUCACCAUAGAGAGUCUUAUUUCCCCAGACAAGCCGCCGCCUAUAGUACCAAGUGCGACACACAUUCUUCCUCAUGUUCAUCCGUGGGUAUUAACUUCGUCCUGCUACGAUCUCACUUUCACGAAUCCCAUGGCUUUAAUGCAAUCUUCUUCAGUUCCCUAUGAAAACUAUGGAAUAUCAGCAACAGACGAUUUAUUCCGGGCGUCCCAAUUAUAGCUUAGCAAAGAAAGUGAUUAACUCGAAAAGAUAUUAUGCAAAUGGUGUUUUCAAGAAAUGAACCCAAUUCAAUUGGAAAAUUGACUGAGUUUUAUUCAAAGAUAUUCUAUUAUAAGUUAUCACGUACGUACUCUAUUAGCUACAUAAUAU